AUAAAAUGGCUUUCAUUGGCGAAGUCAUAUAUGAGGAUUACUUAUACAAGUUUACUGGGAAGAGUCGGUCUAUAUUAUGGGGUAAAGGGAAUCCUUGGAGGGAAAAGUACUUCAUCUUGAAGAGAGUUGGAAACAAACCGGUCCUGGAGUUGUUCAACAAGAAACCGAAGAAUAAGAAUGCGCUACCUAAAGGCAAGGUCGAGUUAUGGCCAAGUUUUCGAGUGGAGAAGAUUGCCAACAUGAAGAACCGUGCGUAUGUGUUCCAGAUCACGACCCCGAACGAGACUGUUUGUCUGUCCACAGAUGAACAGAGGAAUAUGGACAUUUUUGUGUUCUUCCUGCAAAUCCAAACUAGAUUGAAAGAUCAAAUAAGAGAUGAUGUAUACAUUGUGCAGCCAGAGAAUUCUGAGUCCCAGCGUCGUAUCGGAGGGAAGGGAACCAGCUGCUUCCUGCAUGUGUCCCCAUACGGCCUAACUCUCGCCCUCCAGUCCAACAGGUCAGUGUUAGCCCAGUGGCCUUUGAAGAGUGUGCGGUCGUAUGAGAGUUCAGAGCGGGGCCAGCUGUCCCUGGAGGCUGGGAGAGUCGCACCUAUGGGAGAUGGGGUCUACGUGUUCCAUACCGAGCAUGGCGUCGACAACACGCUCUAUGACCUCAUUGACAGAUAUGUCCUUGAUGCCCUUGAACAGAUACAGCCGGGCCAGCGUGGCGGGCCAGAGGAGGUUGAGGACUAUGUGAUUGAGGCUGAACGUCUUCUAGGGCUCACUGUUGUGUCCGCGUGCACCCCAGAUAGCCUUGACAUCCGCCACACCCUACAGGAGAACUGGUGCUUUGACGUGCCCUCGCUGAAUGGUCAUGAAAGUGGGAGGCCGCGGCCGGUGGUACACAGCAGAUCCACUGCCAGCAUUACCACUCAGAACAGUGUAAGCACGUCUCGUUCUGUCCCUGCAAGGAUCCUUCACACUGCUGAGUCUUCCCGUGGUUCCCCGCAGGUGCCUCGAUCUCUCCCAGCAUUCCAGAACUCCCCACAGGGAACCCCCAACCGGGCAACGAAUCAGAACUCUCCCUUGGUGGGGCCCCGCCGGGGGUCCAAUCAGAGUCAGAGCAGCCUGGCUGACCGUCCGCCAGCACCCCCACCCGGAGCCUCAGGCAUCCCAACAAAGACUUUGCCUUCAACAACACAGGGUUCCUACCUUCACAUGCAGGGGAUGGCGUUGCGCUCAGCCAGCAGUCCUGGUUCCCCGUUCACACCCUCUCCUGCUGACUGGUACCCACCUCCAUCAUUCAGUGCUGCAAUGAGGCAGACAUCAACUUCCCCCAUCAAUGAGAAUGGACCGUACCAGCCAGACUCAUACUUGCACCCAUCUUCAAGCCCAUUGGGAACUUCCACACCAGCAAACAAGAAUGCAGGGAACCAAUACAGAGACCAGUAUCUCACCCCAUUAUCAAACACCAGGGGAGGCAGCCCAGAACUCAAUACAAACAAUGAUGUUCGACCUAAGGAUACUUACCUAGGCCAGCGGUUCAUUAAACAUAAAACUGUAAGUCCAAAGAUCAACCACAAUCACAGAAACUUGAGUUUAGACCAUGUUGUGCCUUCUCCUAAACCGUCUCCAAAAGUGCGUGCACGAAGGCUGCGGUCGGCCAGCUGUGAAGACUUAAGUGACUAUUUACGUCAGCUUGUUUACGAUCCUGUCUCAAAAAGUAUGAAUGACUUGUUAGAUGACAAAAGCUUUGAAGGCGAAGACCCGUAUUUAGGACCUGAACCGUUUCCUCGGCUUCACUCUUUCUCUGGGGCUGCAAAUACAACAGAAAAUCAAUUUUUACCAGAAAACUACUACAACAUUGAGGGCCUGAAGGGGAAGAUUUACGAUGCCCCAGGUCUCACUGUGGCUGAGGCCAGGAGAAGAUUCUCUAAGCGCUCCCUGUCUAGAAUACGAAGAUCUAUCUCAAAUCCAAAUUUCAUCGGGUCUCUUAAGGUUGAACGAUUGAAUGAAGCUCGCAUCGACUUGGGAAUAGUGUCGUCACAUUCAAGUCCUAGUCAUAGCAGGUCAUCCUCAUUGUUAGAAAUUCUACCAGACGCACUGAGGAAGAAGUUACACAAGGAUUCACACCAUCCAGGGUCCCAUGGGGCGCUGUCGGCUGGUACAGCAUCCCACCCAAGCAGUAAGGCCAGCAGCCGCGCCAGCAGUGGACACCCUAGCCCUUACAACAGUCUGCCGAGGAAGAACAAAACACCAAAGGAGGAAAUAGUGGCCACAACAAGUGUUAGAGGAAUAAACAUUACAAGGAAAAGUAGGUCAUUCAGGAAGCAGAAACAUCAGGAGAAUGAUACUGCAGGGAAUGAUGCUAGCCCAACAUUGCCAAGACCUGACAACCAUUCAAGUAUGUACCAAUCCAUGGGAGUUCACUCUGAUCAUAAUGAUGCCAAGGGACAUCACUCUGACAGUGUGGGAACAAGGGGACAAUAUAUCAAUGGUGCUGUUGGAGUGCUGGAAUCUCAGAAUGUGUCAAAAAGCCAAUCUGAAAGUAUUGAGCUUAAGAAGUUUGGGAGUAACUCACCCAAAGUCUCCAAGGUUAAAUCUCCUCCAAAAGUUGCUGUAAAGCCUAAGGCCGCAGCAAAACCUUUGCCAUAAAAAUGAAAGAAGAAUUUCUUCUCAAAUUAUACAACAGUUACUGGGAUAGAUCAUAUACAGUGGGAAUUAGUGAAAUCUGAUUUCAUUUUCAUGUUCAAAAAAUUAAUUAUAAUAACUUUCUAAAAUCAGACUAAAAGGCACUGCCAAAGACUUUAUACAAUAAUGGGAACUAUAGUAUGCAGGCAAUGAUUUUAAUAUGUGAGUGAAAAUUCUGUUCUUCCUAGAGUAAUAGGUUGGUACCGGUAUACUGCUGAUAUGAUAUAUGCCAAAAGUAUACAGCAAUUAUGACGUUAAAUUGUACAUUGUGUUCAUAUAAAUUUGUUUUUUUUGUUAGCAUAAUGUUUAACUUUUAUACAUUUUAGCUAUGUGAUAGUAUUUCAUGUUUAUUGUACACGUUUGUAUGUUUAUAUAUGUUAUUGUACAUGUUUGUAUGUUUAUAUAUGUUAUUGUACAUGUUUGUACCUUUAUAUAUGUUAUUGUACAUGUUUGUUUGUUUAUAUAUAUAUAUAAACUUUUGAUUGCUACAGUUUACUUUUCAAAGGUUGUAGCGUUUACUGAAUUUUACUGCAGAUAAUUUACAGGGAAAAAUAGUGAGAAAAAUCAGGUUAUUCCAUAGUAUGACUAUCUUGUAAUAAUCUUUAUCAUUUUCUUCCUAUUAUCUGCAGUAAAAUUCUAUGAUUAUGAUUGUGAUGUUUCAUUGAUGUGUGAUUGUUUAUUCACUGUGGCAUGGUUGAAUUUAGGAACCUAGUCCCUUGUUCAGGCAUUAAAAUGAACUAUUUCAUUCCUGUGUAAAUAUUUACUGUUACCUUUACAUUCCUGAUAAGUGCUAUAUACCAUUUCCAGUUUUUCUGUUCAGAUGUGAAUUGCAGUUCUUAGCUCGACUAUUCGAAACACACAGUCUAACCAUGUGUAUAAAAAAGUCGCACUAAAAAUUGUUUUAAGCAUAUCGAACAUUAUUAAGUUGGGUUUAUGAAAUUAUGUCAUGAUUUGAAUUUGCCAUAAUAUUCACAUACCGUUGGAUCACUGUCAUAGAGACAUUGAACGCCCAGAUAAAGUACUUUCUUUUAAUUGGAUGUAUAUUUUCAAAGAUAAAGCUUGCAAAUUAAUAAUAGUAAGUGUCAUUUUGAAGAAAUAUUGAAAUAAAAGCUAUUAAUUUACAUAUAUAUAGCAAUUUUUCAAAAUGUUUUUGUUAAUUUGUAUGAAGGGUGAAAAUAGAACCUUGUAUACAAUCUCAGUCAAGCUUUAUAGAACCUUGUAAACUUGUGUUUUCAUAGGAAAGACUGGUUUGGGAAAGAAUUCUGGUGUUUUUAUCCAUUGAAUUGGUUAAGAAAUAUAAUUUAAUAAUGGUAUAAUUCUGUGUCAGAUUAAGAACUGCGUUUAUUCGUGUAAAGUGUAUAGCACAAAAAUAAUGCACUUUGUAUAUUUUGCCUUUUUGUUUUCAAUUUUUUAAUAUUAAAACAUUUAUCGAUGAGCAGCAGGCCCCAAUUUUCAAAAAAUCUUGAACUGAACAGCUUACCAGUAAGUCUCAUAAUUCUCUUAAGUAAGUACUUAUUUAAACUUGAUUUUACGAAAUAAAAAAAUACUUUAUCAUGAUUACCGGGAAUUGCAAAGAUAAUCUGUUUAAAGUCUUAAAAUUCUGUUAAAAUCAGAAUAUUUUCAAAUAGUACCUAACAAAAAUAGCGAGCUAAGCUUGAUUAUGUUAAUAUGGACUCUAGGUUGUUUAAGAGAAAUUGGGGCCAGCAGUUUGCUUAAAGUACUGACAAUUAUUUACAAAAAUGCUGGCAUUUCCCUUGUUGUCAUUUACAAAUUCUAUGAUUGUGUAAAUAUAAGUUGUUUUUUUGUAAUAUAUUUUUUUAAAAAUUAUUGUGUGACAAUAGAAACAACCCAGAAAUAAGCUAAUUUUCUGAUUGUUCCCAUUUACAUACGGUAAUGUUAAAUUUUUGAUGCCUGUUCACCUUACAUAAUAUUGGUAUCAUUUAAAUGGAGCUCUUCGCGGAUAAGAUUAUGAAUCUGUCUUAUGGGUACAUACAUUUUUUCUAUAUUUGAAAUGGAAUUGGAAAUGGAAGAACCUAUUAUUCAUUUCUUUCUUGGGCAUUUUCUCCAGGCCAAAAUACUUUUUUAUUAAAUUAUUUAGUUCAUUCAUUUUACAUUUCUACUCUUAAAAUUCUUUAUAUGAUAUCUGAAUAUUAAGGUGUUACGAGCAAUAAAAAUUUGCCUUGUUGUGGCCUGUAUACAUGUACCUUAAAACUUGUAAGAUUGAUUGUUUCUGAAAAAAUAAAUAACCUACACCAAGUA